AUGAGGACUGUUUCUGCCUGGAGUGGAGAGGUUGAGACCGUAACCGUGAGAAGAACAGAGUCAGCAGAUGCUCGGGAAAUCAGCGAUCUCAUAGCUCCUGCAACCGAGGCCGUGUUUGGCAGAGUUAAUGUCAUUUACCUGCUAGAGAAAGCUAAUCUCGCCGUGACCCUGACCAAUGAGAAGAAUGCGGUCCUCGCCCACGCCGCCUUCCUCGAUCACCCCGGUACUGACCUGGUGGACCCGGCUGAAUGGGAACCAUGGUUGCACAGGCAUUUUAGUACAGACAAAUGCACUCCAUUGAACACACUUUUUCUGCACCUGUUUGUGGCACAGCCAGACUUCUCCCUUGGGAGUGCCAAAGAGAUUGUAAGAACAGUCUUCAGUGCCAUCACAGAGCUGCACUAUAUCUUUCUGGUCAUUCCAAACAGCGCCUGCCUGGAGCCAGCAUUGCUGGAGAUAUUUGAGCCAGUGAAGCGCCUCCAGGAUCCUGAGAGUCAGUGCACAGCGUUUGUGUGCCACAGACACAACUUCUGCCCAACCCUGCAUAUCCGCAGAGCCAGGGUAGAAGAUCAUGAUGACCUCAUGCUUAUAGUAGCGGAGCAGACCAAGGUGAGCUGUGCCACCUACGGGCCCUACUUCCUGGCUGAGCUCAUUGAGGCUCAGGAUGAUGACGUCCAUGCUGCUGUUUGCGAGAAUGAAGGCACUGCCGUCGGGUUUAUCAGUGUGAGCGGAGACGUCAAUGUGAAGUUGCUGAACGAGUGCUUUGAGCUUGGACCUUUCAAUGGGCUUUGCAAGACUGUUGAGUCUCCUGAGGACACAGAAGACACCAGUCAGCAAACUCCUGGGGAAAAGGUACAGUAUCACUGUGACACCUCGCAGAAGCUUUCAGCGACAGAUCAGCUCAACGAGGCUGCGACUCCAGAACCAGGACAGGAAGCGCCAAAUGCUUUCUGUAUCCAGCUGUUUUUUAUCAACAAGAAGUAUGAAAUGAGGUCUGUGGACUUCCUGCCAUACAUCUUCAGCCUUUUCCCAGACCGGGACUUCUGCGUCAUCACAGUGCCCAAGCUGACCCCAGAGUUCCCCCUGCUGCAGGCCUUCCUGCGGGUGGUUCCCGUCAGCACCAGCACCCUGCCGCAGGAACUGUACCUCUACCACCGCUCCGGCCUGCUCAAAUCCUUUGAGGUGAGGGUGGCCGUUUCCAGUGACAGGCCAGCCAUAGAGUCCCUGGUGAAACAGCUUACCCUGCACGAGUCCAUGCUGGAAGACCUGGAUAUGUUCUGCCAGGCUCGUCAGGACACGGACAGGACAGCCCUGCAGGCGUUUGUGGCCCAGGUCCUGGGGCAGGUGGUGGGGAUUGUGAUCAUCAGAAAUGAGGAGGACAUUGAUUACAUUCGAGCCCACUACAACAUCGAGAACUUCAUAUACUUCAGCCAUCAUCAGCGCGAGGAGCACGGCCAGCUGUGCCACUUCGCCCUCAACCCCGUCUUCCAGCACUACGCCAAGCACUUCCUGAAGGAGGCGCUGCGGCUCGCUCACAAGUCCUGCCUCUACUACCCCGUCUACCCCUCCUACCACAGUCAGAAGAACGCCAGUGCCCACUCCCUGACGUCCGCCCUCAGCUGCAUGGCUCCCGUCCGCCCGCGGCGGCAGAUCGUAUACCCCCUAGAGGAGCUCGGGCUCAAUGCGCCCUCCCAGCGGAUCACCGCAGAGCAGACGCCUUACGCAAUCAACCACAUAAACAGGAAGCUCACCUUGGAGCCGAAGGUCACAGUCAACGCCAGGAUUGUGGUUGUGGGAGCCUCAGACACUGGGAUUGCCUUUCUGGAGGUGUUUGCUUUCUGCCCACAUCUGCGCUUCAACAACCUGACUUUGAUUUCCACACAUGGAUUCUCAGCCUACUACACCGAUGAGAACACAAGAUUCCUGGCAACCAGCCACAGCUAUGACAACAAGGACCACGCCCAGCUGUCACUGCGCUCCUGGGUUAAUGUCAUAGUGGGCAAAAUGACAGGCAUCAACCGGGCAGACAAGCACGUCGUGGUGUAUGGAGGUCGGAGGGUUCCCUACGACCAUCUCAUCCUCUGCACGGGAACACAGUAUCAGGUUCCCUGUCCCACAGGUGCGGACGUGAGCCAGCCGACCACAAACGGCGAUGUCACGGCGCAGCCCCACCAGAGGUACCCCGGGCCCCUCCCCUCCAACCUCCUCACGCUGAACGACACUCAUGACUGCCUGGAGGCCCACCGCUGGCUGCAGGAGAACUUCGUGGAUCUGGAGGGUAACGCCGUCGUCUAUGGCAACAGCUUGGAUGUGUACACCUGUGUGGAGACUCUGCUGCGUCUCGGCAUCAGCGGCUCUCGCGUGCACGUGGUUCACCUGCCCGACGACCCGGGGGUCACCUGUUUCAGCAGCCCCGUGGUGGCAAAGGCGGUGAGCGAGGCCCUCGGGAGGAACGGGGUGCACGUCUACAGUAACUGCGUCCUCGCCCAGAUGAACGACGGCCAGGACCCCGAGCCCCUCACCUCCGUCUCCUUCACGACAGACCGCGCCCCCCUCAGACUGCAGUGCUCCGUUUUCAUUAACUUUUCCAGGAAAGGGGUAGAUUACGACGCCUUCAAGUCCAUAAACGACGCCUGCCUGGUGUUUGACGGCAGGCUGGUCAUCGACACGGCCUUCCACACCAAUGACCCCACCAUCCGGGCCGCGGGGCCCCUCACCAAGUUCGCCCGCCGUUACCACGCCGACCGCUGGUCCCACGCCGACUUCUGCUCCAAGGAGGUCGGCGCAGAGCUGGCCGCCGUGAUGCUGCCCCUCUUCGACCCCACCCUGGAGCCUGAAGAAGGCACCCCCUCUGACCUGGAUAACCUCAUUCCCGUAUACUCCCACGCCAAGAUAGAAGGUGGCCGACUGCCAGGUGGGUACAGUUAUCUCCACGCGGUGAAACCGGCUUUAAACCCCCCCUGUAAUCUUUAUUGGCUGCCUCGCUCCUCCCAGGGUAGAGAGGUUGUGACCGGGACAGCAAUGACAGGUGAUUACUUCCACCUGUACCUGAACCAAUACGGCCUGGUGGAGUCCAUCACCUGCCUCUCCUUAAAGCCCCUCCCAGCCUCCAACUACCUGUGUCUGUACGGCAAGCACGAGCUGCUUCUGAACCGCCUGUGCGGCCGCUUUGAGGAGGGGCUCAUCCGUGACCUGUACAGCUACUUCAACGAACCGUGGUGCUUGGCUAUAUAUCACGAUCGCUUCGCCGAUUUUGAAGAGGAAGUGCGGCAGAUUAUGGAGUCUGCCAAAGUACAGGGUGAUGAUGACUUGCUUUCGAUGUCUGAGAUCAUUCAGAAGAUGGUGGAAGACCCGGUCGGGUCGGAGGAUCCAUAUGUGCACCUCCAAAAUGUAUUUGAGAAAAGUGACGGAUUGACCCACUUGAAGAAAGGUGUUCUAAAUUACCUGAAGUACAAUAGGUACCAUCUCCCCAUGUACGCACAACCAGAGACAAUGUAGUGGCAGAAAGAUAACCUUGUUUUCUACACCAGAUGUCUGUGUAUUUACUUUUUCUUACAGGUAUCACACAUGCUUAUUUGUCUUCUUAAUGAAGACACCAAGCAGGUAUUUUUAUAUAUUUGCCAUCACAUGGA